AUGGCGCGUAAAGGCCCUGGUACAGAUGGCCCUCUACAGAUAGCCCUCCUGGAAUCCAUGUCUGCAUCCACGACAAGAGCUUCUGAAGGACAGAAGAUCUUCAGCCCUAUAGCUACAUUCCUCAAUAAAUACCGCAGCCAAACCAUCAGCCUUGCCCCUCACCUACUGAGAGCCCUCACCACUCUAAGUGAUGACCUCAUCUUAGUAGUCCAACAACAUUUCAACGCCUAUAUCAGCAAUAUCUUGACGACCUCCAUUCUACCUGCCCUAUCCCCUUCCCCUUCCUCUUCCCCUACCUCAAAUUCCUUACCCCCUUCACUCCCUCCCUCACAUCCCCCCUCAGGUCUUGAACAGUUAACUUAUGCGACUAUUACCCAAUAUACACCGGUCAAAUCAACUCCCACUACUCACUCUAAAGCCCCUAUUAAAAAGCCUAUGCCUCUGACUGGCUUUGCACUAUGUCCCUCAUCUCCAGAAGCCCUCCUAGCUUUUGAGGCCCAAAAAGAGAUUAUCUCUACAUUCUUUGUUAACUGCCAGAUAGAACGCAGCUCCCAAUGGGUCUCAUACCGAGUCGUCAAUGUGCCUGUGACGGCUCAGCCCUAG